AUUAUGGCUCCUAGCGAUGUACGUAAAUUAUUUAAACAAGAAAAAUCACAACGACAAUCAUCAAAGAAGAUAGAACAUGUGUUUGCCAAAUACGAUACACAAGGUCGUUUGGGAUGUGUGCUUUGUCAUUCCAUAGUGAAGAGUGAGCAGUUAUGGGGACCUCAUUUACAAUCAGCACGACAUAAAGAAUUACUGGCUCAACUCAAAGCCAUCAAACAACAACAGCAACAAAAACAACACAUAGCAGGAAAGAAACGAUCAGUGACCGAAACUGGUGGGGAUGCGGCAUUACUUUCCAAACGAGCUCGUUUUGAACAACUGGAAAAGGAAAUGGAAGAAGAACAAGAAGAAGAGGAAAGCGAUGACAGUAUGGAUGAUUCAGAUCAAGAGAUGGAACAACAAGACGAUGAAGAUAAUACAACGGGAUUACCUGCCGAUUUUUUCGAUACCCCAAGCAAGACGGUUGCCAGUCAGAAGACAACCAUGAAGGCAGGUGUUCAUCGCGAUUUACCUUCUGGCUUUUUUGAUGAUGCUAAUGAAGAAGCCAAGGCACGACAAGUGGAUGCACCAGAUGCUUUGGAGAAUCAACAAUUGGAAGAAGAGUAUGCAGCAUUCAAGGAAAUGAUGGUGGACACCAAUGAAGAAACCGACAAGAUGCAAGAACAAGAUGAAGAAACCAUGUUAUUGGAAAGAGAUAUUGAGUUGGCAAGACAACAAUUAGCUCUGGAUGAAAAGGUACAACAGUUAAAACAACAAAGACAACAAGGACGACCACCACAACAACAAAAGACAACCAUAGAUGAUGUGGACAAGGAUCUGAUACGUGGCAAAGGUUGGACAGUUGGUUUGAAAUCUUCAGUACGGCAGUUUAUGAAACAAAGCUCAAGGAAACAGGCACAACCUAUAUUUGACGAUGAAGAUGAGGAGGAAGAUGAUGAAUCAGAUUGGCGGGCUCAACAUGUGUAGUGAAAGAAAAAAAAAAUAGUUUAGAUUCAUAUUAUCAUUCUUUUUUUUUUUGGUGUCAAUAAAAUCUUAUUUUUUUUUUUU